AUGGCAGAGAAGGAAGGAGGAAUUGUGAAGAAGGGUCAUGAAGAAGGAAUUCGGAUGGCUGCUUCUCUUCUUGAAGAGUUUGGCCUUCCUGCAGGACUUCUCCCUCUUGCAGAUGUGAUGGAAGUUGGUUACGUUAAGAAUACAGGCUACAUGUGGAUUUUGCAGAAGAAGAAGGUUGAACACAACUUCAAAAUGGUCAGCAAGCUUGUGAGCUAUGACACUGAAAUCAAUGGUUUUAUCAGCAAGAAAAAGAUCAAGAAGCUCAAGGGAGUGAAGGCUAAGGAACUUAUGCUGUGGCCGCCUGUCAAUGAGAUCACUGUUGACGACCCGCCCACUGGAAAAAUUCACUUCAAGAGUCUUGCCGGCAUCACCAAGACUUUCCCAGUUGAGGCAUUUGCUGCUGGACAGUGA